GCAUUGAUCGAUUCAGCAAAAUUAAUCGCCUCCAGGAGUUACUUGAAAGCGGAGGUAUUAAUGAAUUGGAGUUUUUACAAAGAGGUGUUUCAGCAGCUGAGCAACUGGUUCGCAAUUUAAUAUUCACAAAUCCAGACCCAAAUUCUGGAUUUGAAAUCGUUGACCUCGUACCCAUCCAUCACAAAUUGACGAUCACCAUUGCUCGCUUACGGGAAAUGGAGCCCGAGGCACCGGAGUUACUAUUGUUGGGGGAAAUAAAUGUUAAUGAGAACAUUAAUAAUAACGACAAUGAAGUUGACUCAGAUGACGAAUCUGAAACUGGGCCCAUCCGCCUUUAUGGCUAUGGCUGGGUGGAAAGUAACGAAACAGUUAUUAUGGUUAUAAGUGGCCACCUCAGGAUCUUUUUACAAACUAUAUUCGAUAUAAAAGUCGAAUUUUCCGUCAGUAAAGGUGUUCAUUCUUCUCGAGAUGUUUUCAUCGCCGAUCUCCAUGGCUCCAAUGUCGGCAAAACCAGUCCCUGGUAUAUUCUUUCUUCAGGUGCCUGUUGUAAUUAUCAUAUAUCAUCUUCGUCAAGAUAUUCUUCAUCGAUUCUCUUCAGUUUUGAUCGCGCCAAAACGGCUUACAUUGACGUAGAUCGUGCUGAACUAAGGAAUGAUGAAGAUGCAUAUCCAGCGGCGGCUGCUGGCGAUUUUAUCUAUAAUUCUCAAAUUUGCCUGGCGUGUUCAGACGAGGAAUCACCACCGGACGUCGUCUACAACCCUUGUCGGCACUGCAUCUUCUGCCAAGCAUGUCAAAGACAGUACGUGCAAACUCUGCUUGGAGAUGGGCAAAUUUUAACUUGUAGUUACUGCCGACAAGAGGUUGUCUCAGUUGACUUGAUUAUUUAAAAAAAUAUUAAUCCUCAUUAAAUUUUUAUUUAAUAUUACUUUUAAACAAAUUUAAAAUAUAAU